UCUGAUUGUUUAAUCGCUCAACAAAGAUUAAGUGAUAGAUCUUCUGUUUGCUCAACCUGUUCCCAUUAAACGUUUUGCAAUUCGCUGUUAAUAAAGGAGACCUGCAUUUGAAUCUACUGGGAUCUUGUCUCAAAGUUCUCUCUUACCAGCUACUCGAAGGAAGAUGUUUUUCAGGUUCCCAGCUCUCGCUGUUCUCUUGCUCGCUGCUUUGGCUUCCGGACAACAACGAGGACUACAGCUUCGUUUAACAGCCAAAGGACUGGAAUAUGGAAUGCGUCAGGCUAUGCAAACCUUGGAGACUGAUCUUUCGGGAAAAAGACUUGGCGAUUUUCAGGGCAAUGGGGGAGGAUUUCAGAUCAGUGUCACAAACUUGGUUAUGAACAAUCUUGUGAUUGGCAAUGAAAGAUUGGUGCCUGGUAAUGCUGCUUUGACGGCAGCUGUUUCUUCGGUAACGGCCGUAGUGUCAGGACGGUUCAGUUACAGGAAGAAAAUUGGAUGGGUUACCAUUCGAGAUUCAAUGAAUAUUCGAGUCAGGGCAUCUGGAGUCAGUUUCUCCUUAUCUGCACGAUUCGGCAGUCAAAGUGGUGGUCGCCCAACAAUUGGAGUCAAUUCGUGUUCCGCUCACAUCGGAAGCUUCAAAGCAGAUGUUUCGGGCUCAAGGGCAAGCUGGCUUUACAAGAUAAUCGCGUCUCUCUUUGAGAGUAAGCUGAGAUCAGAAAUCGCUAAAGCCAUCUGCAAAGGAGCAACAGAUGUAAUAAACACCAAAGGCUCACGGGCUCUGUCCCAGUUCCCUGUUCAAGUACCAAUAUCCGAUUUUGGCAAACUCGAUUACCGACUUACUGCAGCGCCGGUGCUCAACAAUCAGUACAUGGAUGUCUUCGUAAAGGGUGAAUUUUUACCACUUAGCGGAGGGGUUAGUGCGCCAGCUCCUGUCUUCCAAGCUUCGUCUGACAACAGCAAAAUGCUGUACUUCUGGGUAUCCGAUUACACGCUCAACUCAGCCGCUGACGUUGUCCAAAAAACUGGAAAGCUGUCGAAGAAGCUGGAUGCCCAAGAAGAUCUUCCAAAAGUUGUCAAAGAUCUUCUGAACACCAACACUCUUGCUGCUGUUGUGCCACAGUUAGCUGCUCAGUUUCCAAACAGACCCCUUAUAGUCGCAUUGCACUCAUACAAGGCUCCGAAGUUUGUCAUUGAAGAUGGCGCGAUUCGAGUACUUCUCUAUGCAUCUGCUGGCCUAAUGGUGUUGAAGAAUGAUAGCACCUUAUUCGAUGCAUUCACUAUACAGUUGGACAUCAACGCUGCUGGCAGUGUGGGCUUAUCAGGCACAACCAUCCAUGGGAGUUUGAACAGUUUCAGUUUUGGUUUGAAAAUCAUUGCUUCUCACAUCGGGACAGUGAACAUCCCAACCGAUGAUAAGUUUGUCAAUACUAUCGUAAAAGAAGUAUUGAUUCCAGCAGCAAAUGUCUUCCUUGUCACUGGAUUCCGCCUUCCUACAAUUCCUUAUGUCGCGUUGCAAAGGCCAGCUAUCACUUUCCACAAGGGUGUCAUUCGUGUUGGCGUGGAUUGUUUGUAUGCUCCCAACCUUUAUUUGUGAGCCAAUACGCAAGCGAUUUGUAGACCAUAACAAUUAAUUAAUAAACUUUCUUAAUAAAGAUUUCUGUGUUAAAAUUGAACUUCCAAGGAUAAUGAUUUAAUCAACUGUUGUAGAAUGGUCUUAGUUAUUGAAAUGUGCAUUAUUGAUUACAUUAGAGAAAAUAUAGGA